AAUGUUAGAUUCAAUUCAUGAUAAGACGGUAAAUAAACCAGUUAAAGAGAAAAAUACAGAUAAUAACAGUAAUAAUGACGAGGAAUUACCAUGGGUAGAAAAGUAUCGCCCGAUUUCUCUUGAAGAUAUUGUGGGAAAUGAGGAGACAAUUGAGCGACUAAAGGUUAUUUCAGUCAAUGGAAACAUGCCACAUAUAAUGAUUUCAGUUUAUUCUUUUUUAUAUAUUAUGAAGAAUAUUGAAUGUGUUAUAGGGAAUGCCAGGAAUUGGAAAAACAACAUCAGUAAUUUGCCUUGCUCAAAAAAUGCUUGGAGAUUCUUUUAAUGAAGCGGUACUUGAAUUAAAUGCAUCAGAUGAGCGAGGCAUUGAUGUAGUACGUAAUCGUAUCAAAGGAUUUGCACAAAAAAAAGUGAAUCUUCCUCUUGGAAAACAUAAAAUUAUCAUUUUAGAUGAAGCGGAUAGUAUGACACCAGGAGCUCAACAAGCUCUUCGGAGAAUUAUGGAAAUUUAUUCUAAUACUACUCGGUUUGCUUUUAUAUGUAAUCAGUCUAAUAAGAUUAUUGAACCAAUACAAUCAAGAUGUGCAAUUCUUAGGUAUUCGAAGUUAAGUGAUCAACAGAUUCUCAAAAGAUUACUUGAAAUAUGUAAAAGUGAGAAUGUUAAAUAUAGUGAUGACGGUCUUUCUGCUCUUAUAUUUUCUGCAGAAGGUGAUAUGCGGCAAGCAAUUAAUAAUCUUCAAAGUACAGUUACGGGCUUUGGAUUCGUUAAAGGUGAAAAUGUGUUUAAAGUAGUAGACCUACCAUCUCCAGGAGCAAUUAAAAGCAUCAUUAAUAAUUGCAAAAAAGGUGACAUUAAUGUUGCUCUUGAAACACUUAAGGAUCUUUGGAAUAUGGGAUAUAGUGCUUUAGAUAUUAUCACAACUUUUUUUAAAGUUGUGAAAAUGAUGGAUGAACUACCCGAAUAUACAAGAUUGGAAUAUAUUAAGGAAAUUGGGACAACACACAUGAUUAUUCUUGAGGGAGUACAAACACCGUUACAAUUAUAUGGUUUAGUUGCACGUUUAACAAAAAAAAACAUGGAUCCCAAAUAUUUUAUAGUUGAUUGAGGAUUCAUUAAUAUAUAUGAUGUUUAUGUUAAUUAUAUUCUACAAAAAAAAAUUAAAAAAUUCAAAAAACAUAUUCGAUGAAUCAAAAUGAAAUAAUCGUUUAAUUACUCAUUUUUUCUCAAAAAUAUUAGCUGUAAAAUAGAUUAUUAGACGAAGAUGGCCGUGUAAGUUGCUUGAAAAAGACAAUAAAUCCAACGAUACCAAGACAUAAUGUCGUAUAAUAAAUCAAGGUUCUUAACUUUGAAGAGCCUACUGAGCCAUAUAAUUGUGGAAAUCCCAUCCAAUUACAAAAGGAAUGUACUAAUACUAUUGACCAUAGAUUUUGAGUGCAAAUAUAUAAAUAUGAUACGAAUACUCCAAAUACUGUUGUAUAAAAAAAUUGGAAAAGAUAUGCAAAAAUACCAACUUUUAUAUUGUUGGGGAAUGACUGGUAAUAUUCAUAGAUAUGAUGCAUGUGUGCUGUUUAGAUUAAUUACAGUGAUAUAAUAUAUAUGGUUUAUACCCAAACCAAAUAAAAUGGAUGUUAUUGAAAUUGUUUUUAACACUGACUUUUGAUGCAACAAAGAAAUCAUGCACGAUCUGAAUAUAAAUUCUUCACUAAAUGGUCCCUACAUGAAUCAAUUAUGUAUUACGCAUUAGCAAAAACAUACAACUACAUAAUUUCUCCAACUCAUCCAAUAUUUAACGCUACGGUCAAUUGAAGAUGAUGUAACAGUACGAUGCAUUGUAGUUGGAUGACUUAAAAGUAUAGUCUUUUUUAUAAAGGGCCCUAAAAAUAAACUAAAAACUAAAAUGAUUGGUCGUACAACAUCCCAUAUAUUACAUGGCCAAAUUCCUAAGAUAAAAAAAGCAUGUGGAAAAUAUUUUUUAUGAGACGGUUGCGUUAUCCAGGAUGUUAAAAAUCCACAGAAAACACAAAGAUAUAAAACUGCUUUUGUUCGAUAACGAAUUGUGGCUGGAGUGUCUCUAAGUGCUAAAUUAACAUUGGUUGAAGGAAUAUAAAGGAUCAAGACGUAAAGAACAGCAUAACUAGCAGAAGUGA